AUGAUUCCUGAAACUUCUACAGCAUACCAAUACAAGACUAAAGUAGCUCCAGCAUCUUUCCCAAGAGUCUACAGAGGCAUUAAAGAAGGCGUUCGCAGAGAUAUCCUUAAAGUAUGCUACAGAAAGUACACAACCAAGCUCACUAAUGAUGAUAACCUCCCGUCGUUCAACCUUGUGUUUCUCCACGGCACUGGUAUGAAUAAAGGCAUGUGGCACUCUCUUAUUGAUCAAUUAUAUAACCAAGGGAAAGCUAGUGGAGUAUUUAUUAAUACCUGCUUGGCAAUCGAUGCCGUGAACCACGGAGAGUCUGCCGAGGCUAAUAAGGAGUACUUGGGAGACGGGUUUGACUGGAGAGACGGAUCUUACGAUGUACUCAAGGUUGCUGAAGUGGAACGUGAUACCUUAUUGGAUUCCUCCUCGAAGAAUAUUAUUAUUGGCCAUUCCAUGGGCGGUAUGAUGUCUCUAUAUGUGUCAUAUUUGCAGCCACAAUUGUUCGACUCAUGCGUGGUUAUUAAUCCAGUUUCUUACCGUCAUGAGGGCGUUACAAUAAUUAGAGAUACUUUGGCUCCAAUGGGGUACAUGGAGACCCAGUUUGAUGUUCCCGCUGAUAAGAGCUGGGAAGAGGUUGUGCAUGCUUUCAUGAGAGGGCAGUCAUUCUUUAAGAGAUUUGAUGAGACUGUGUUGAAGAAUAUGAUUGACGAUGAAGUUCCUAAUGAUUUAUACGGCAAAAAGGUUGAUAAGAUCGCCUUGAGAACUUCCAAAGAAGCUGCCUUGGCCACCUAUCUCGGGUCUAACGAGGCAUUGCCACCUAUGGGAGCAGUUCUUCCAUAUAUUAGAAUUCCGGUAAUCAGGUUUCUCUCUGAAAAGGAUUCUGCUUCUGAGGAAGAUAGGGAGCAGUUGGCUACGGAUGUGAAGACUUUGGAGACAGUCGACUUCCCAGGCAAGAGACACAUUUUGAACGGUGAAGACCCUGAGUUGACUGUCAAACAUCUACUCGAAGUAUUCCAAAAGCGGUCUCGUGCGCCACCCACAAAAUUUCCAUUUAUUAGUAUUCAACCCAAAUUAUGA